GAGAGAAAGACAGUGUUUAAAGGGACCUUAAAACAGGUUACACGUCUCAUUCUCUAAGAAACCCCAUACGUAUUUGCACACUGUGUUUUGGACUAUGGCUUCCACCACCUCAGGUGAUGCUCUGCCAUCAGGCGGAAGGAUCUUCACCAGUUUUCCUGACAUAUUCUUCAUCCCCGAGUUUGUGUUUGGUGGUUUGGUGUGGAUCCUGGUGGCAUCAGCUAAAAUUGAUCCGGCUAACCCUCUGGGCUGGGUGAUGUUUGUGUCUAUCUUCUGCUUCAUAAUGACGACACUCUGGUUCUUCAUCUUCCUCUGCGGAAAAAAUCAGAGCAGCAUCUGGCCAGCUUUGGAUGCAGGCUAUCAUUUUGUGGCCGUGGUUUUCUUCCUCAGUGCAUCAGUGGAUCUGGCCUAUGUUACCUAUGGGAUUGGUGAAUUGUAUAAAAGUCUAUCAGGUCCAUCCUUUGUACCAGUUGCGCCAGUUCUAAUACCACUUCCGGCAGUUCAAAACAUUGAUGAAUUGCUCAAAAUAUACCGACUGUACAUUUCUGCAGUGGUGAUGUCCUAUGUGGCCACUCUUCUCUACUUCCUCCAUGCCAUAUUCUCUGCCAUUCGAUGGAAGAGGUCCUAAAAAAGUCGCCAGCAAGCAAAAACGAAUAAUCACAUAGCUUUCACAAACACACUGAGCAUUUUUAGCAAAAUUAUUUUUACUUUCAUGUUACUUUUUGUGCAUUUCUUAUGAAUCAAUAUGCCCAAACAUCAAAUUCAUGAAAAAGUGGAAAACACACUCAAACAAAAAUUGCAUUAUCACAUUAGCCUACCUCAGAAUUUUCAAUGUUGUUUUUGAGAAUCCAUCCAGAAGUGAGAAUUUGCUUUCUAGUUUUCAGAAUUAAAUGUUGUUUAAAGAAGAUGGGUGAGUAUAAAUAACUAAUGAAAUUACUCAUCUAAACAGAAGCAGGAAUGAUAUUAUCAUAACGUUUGAUGUAUUUUCACUGUAACUUUCAAUCGUAUAUGAUUUAAAAGCUCAGUUCACAAAUUUUAUUACACACACACACAAAAAAAAACACAAAUGCAUUUUUUAAAACUCAAGAAAUGUCCUAAGUUUCUUUAAAUAUAUUUUUGAGACAUUUCAAGAAAAAAAGAUGUUUCUGUAAGUAAACCACAUCUUUCUAGUAACAUGACCUAUGAUAGCUGACAUUUCAAUAUUUGCUAUAUAUCUGUUUUGCCUAAAUUAGAUAGUAGAAAGAGGAAGGGACAAAAGGGGAAAGACAUACAGCCUUAGGCUAGAGUUUAACAGAACUGCAUUUAACCUUGUGGCAUACAGUCACCUGUUCAUCGUGUGAGCUAAACCAGCACCACAGCAUUUAAAUAUUUCAGACCAUUAUGACAACGACUUACUUCUACAACUUGACACAGUUAGACUUUUAGUUUGUUCUCACUAAAAAUGGAAGCAGGAAAAGCAGGAGGAUCGUGACUUUAGUUCCUACAGAAGACAAGCCCAACGAUAAAUGGAAUGGGUCCUAUAUUUCAUCUGUUGCAACUUGAUGGCCCAAGCUAAAAUAAUGAUCACAUUGAUGGUGAUCUACCCAUUUAUUCAGCUAAAGUGAGAGCCGCUACAAGGGUAUGAUUGGACUGACACUAGAGGCAUCGUCAGGGCCACAUUUCACCUGCUGACAGAUGCAUGUGUUGUUGUCUAUAGUUGACUGUGUUUACAAUGUUACAUUGUCUUUUGUGAUACAGGGAUCAGCAACACUUGAGUUUUAUUUAGAUAGAUAUAUUAAUUUUUUUUCUUUGCUGUGGUCUUAUUUCUUUCAGUCAUAGAGUGAUGUAGCAGUUACCUGCAGUGUAGCUUUGCAGUGUAACCACUAUUAGAGCUUCAUUUCUGUAAAGGAGGUAACACUUCCACAGGCAUUAAAACAUUUACAGCAAAAUACGAACAAUAUAGUUGUCCAUUCAUGUUUCACUUCUGAUCUUUAUCUACAUAGCUACGUAGCUAACUGUUCCUAACUGUAACCUAACUGGCAUGACCAAUGAGUUAAUUAAAGUAUAAAUUCAUCUUUAACUUAGUCCAUAUUUGAAAUGGUCUCAAGAGGAAUUUUACUUUUUACAAAUUUACUUUAAAUGUAUUUUUUAAAGCUUUGUACCUGAAACCUGAAACUCAGACUAUGCCAAACACUUGAUUUGUGAUUGGAAUAUCCUUCAAUUCCCUCCAUGUUUCACUCCGUGGUUUUAGAAUGAAUGAAGAAAACUCCUUGCUGACAGCCUUUUAAACCAACUUUAAUACACUAGAUUUAGUGCCUUUUUCAAAGGCUUGGUGUUUAUGCAUGGCAUGGCUGGCUAUUUGAAAUAUGAUAAUGUAAAUGUCUAGAUGAUUCACUUCACACUUUUGUAUUGGAAUCUCCAUUGUGAAAUAAAGGAAUUGGACAUUGGAA